UCUCCCUCGAAGUCUGCAAGCUCAGAGAGUGUCGAAGUUGGUUCUGGCUCAAGUAGUGUUUUGGGUAGCAAACUCUGGUUGGGUAGAAAAUCUUCCCGAAUGAUGGGUAACUCGGAAGAAAAAUCUAUAUCUAGUGGUCGGAACAAAAUGUUGGAUUCUGGACGCAAGCUCAAAACCAUGGGGAGGCUCGAUACUUGUGACAACACAGAUUUACGUGAUCAACUAGACGACGUUAUCAAGUGCGUUGUCAGUCUUGAGCAAAGGUACGAUGCCACGUGUAUACUGGAGAACUUGCAUCGUACACUGGUGAAAGGAAUGAUAGUGUUGCGACAACAGCUCGUAGAUCUGCACGGAAUAGAGUUUAUGACUGAGUUGAAAGCCAUUUGGUCAUGGUUUUGUUCUCGCACGAUCAAGGACAUUAGCUCCAUAUUUUGCACAAGCCAGUCGCUGUUGGUGCCCUACAUCAGACCGUUAUGCCUGUCUGAAUUCCGUGACCACAUUAUGGUACACCGUCACGUGCGCACGACACUUAUGGAACAGAUAAGAGAGGGACACGAGCGACCAUUGCCGCAAGAAAUAUCGCAAAUGCUGCAUGUUUUAUCCAGUCGAUGCUACUCUGAUCCUCUCGAUUUAGUUUCGAGAAAGAUCAUCAAGAAGUUGUUAUACUCUAUGGUGCAAAACACAGAUAACGAUUGUAGCCAGUUUGUUGCGCGGCUGCAAAAAUAUUUACAAAGUUAG